CGCUAAAGUUACAAAUCUCCUUAAACAACUGUAAAACAUAUCCGUGUCAAUUCAACUUAUCCUACAGUUGAGUUGCAGCCAAGCAUUCGCCAGCAACCGAGCGGGCGCGCGUCCUCCCCAGCCUCUCCGGACGCCUCCCGGGAUGCCCCUGCAGGUUAGCGACUACAGCUGGCAGCAGACGAGGACUGCGGUCUUCAUCUCUGUGCCCCUCAGAGGCGUCACCGUCAGGGACGCGGACGUGUUCUGCACGGAAAACUAUCUGAAGGUGAACUGUCCUCCAUUUUUAUUUGAGGUGUUUCUCUAUGCUCCCAUAGACGAUGAGAGCAGCAAAGCCAAGAUUGGAAAUGACACUAUUGUUUUCACUUUACACAAAAAAGAAGCGGCCAUGUGGGAGACCCUUUCUCUGUCAAGUGUUGACAAAGAGAUGAUGCAAAGAAUAAGGGAGAAAUCUAUCUUACAAGCACAAGAAAGCGCAAAAGAAGCUAUGGAAGCAAAAGCUUCGGCAAGGCGGGAAGAUCAAAAAUAUACACUAAAUGUCAUGAUGAAGAUUGAAGAAGAAGAGAGGAAAAGAAUAGAAGAUAUGAAAGAAAAUGAACGGAUAAAAGCAACUAAAGAAUUGGAAACCUGGAAAGAACAUCAAAGAAAAGCUGAAGAACAUAAAAUAAUUCAGAGAGAAGAAAAAUUAUAUCAACAAGAAAAGCAAAUUGAAGAAGAGAGAAAAAAAUUAAAACAUAAAGGUCUUACUAGGAAUUCAGUAUCUAGAAAUCUUGCCACAAAAGGGAGAAAUUCAGAAAUUAUAUUUUUUGAGAAGUUAAAGGAAGACAGUAUUCCUGCUCCUCGCUCUGUCGGCAAUAUUAAAAUCAACUUUACCCCUCGAGUAUUCCCAACUGCUCUCCGGGAAUCACAGGUAGCAGCAGAAGAGGAGUGGCUACAUAAACAAGCAGAGGCGCGAAGAGCAACGAAUACUGACAUUCCUGAACUUUGUGAUUUAAAAGAAGAGGAAAAGAACCCAGAAUGGUUGAAGGACAAAGGAAACAAAUUGUUUGCAACAGAAAACUAUUUGGCAGCUAUUAAUGCAUACAACUUAGCCAUAAGACUAAAUAGUAAGAUUCCACUACUGUAUUUGAAUCGGGCUGCUUGCCAUCUAAAACUGAAAAACUUACACAAGGCCAUAGAAGAUUCUUCUAAGGCACUAGAAUUAUUGACACCACCUGUUGCAGACAAUGCUAACGCAAGAAUGAAGGCACACGUACGACGUGGAACAGCAUUCUGUCAACUAGAAUUGUAUGUAGAAGGCCUACAGGAUUAUGAAGCUGCCCUUAAGAUUGAUCCAUCCAACAAAAUUGUGCAAAAUGAUGCUGAGAAGAUUCGGAAUAUAAUUCAAGGAACAGAACUAAAAUCUUAAUGACUACUAGAAGCAACUAGGUAUUGUACUAGGUAUUGUUCUAAGUUUUACAAAAAUAACUGGAGGCAUUAGGAAUCUGCAUAUUAUGGCUGAUUAUACAGAAUCACUUUCUCUUUAGUUCUGUACAGGGCAGAAUAUUAUAAAUCUGUAGAAAAUGAAAUGUUUGAUUUCAGUGGUUUUUGAAUAAGUAAGUCAAAGUAAGAAUAAUCUCUUUUAAUUAUUUGUUUCAUAUUACAACAUAAUUGUAUUUUUUUGUUACUGAAUUCA